GCUGAGAGUGGGGGUUGGGAAAGCACAAGGAGGAACAGCUUGAAAUUCGGGACUUCAGCAGAAGUAGGAAUGUGGUAGGGUCUGCGAGAGAGAGAGAGAGAGAGAGAGAGCGAGUGAGUGAGUGAGUGAGUGAAAGUGGGAGGGAGGUAAGGAGAGAAAUGAUAGAGGAAGAGGUUCAGCGGUUUCAGUAAAGGAAAGCUGGGAACCCGACUGACUGCUGCUCUCCGGAGACGGGAUGGGGGAAGGUGUACGAAGAUGACGGGCGAAUAAAAUAAAAGUUGGGAUGGAUGUUAGCAGAGCGUUUAAUGGGGCAAAGACGGAUUGAUAUAAGGCAAGAGAGGAGGCGUGGCAAGAGUGAGAGAGAGAGAGAGAGAGAGAGACUGCGUGAAAGAGAUAGAGGAAAAUAAAAGUGUGAGAAGGAGACGGCGAAGAUAAACGGCUGAAAGAGAGGGAGAGGGAUAGACGGAGGGAGGAGGCGGCAGUUAAACUAGACAGGGAGAAGAGGAGGCAGAAAGAGAGAGAGAGAAAGAGAGAGAGAGAGUGAGAGAGGACACAGGGAUGAGGGGGCUGCUGUUGAAGUUGCUUUUCUCCCUGAUGCUCUGUCUCUUCAUCCUGGGAACUGUCCUGACCGCCUUCGUCUGGUACGUCUUCAGCUACAGUGAUGUCAAACCACGCAGUUCCCCGAGCCAGGUGCGCAAGAGCCCAGAGUCGGACACAUCUGCCUGCAAGGACUGCAGGGAAUACACAAUCGACAAGAUGGUGGAACUCUACAGCUAUGCCUGGAAGAAGCAGAAUGCCAAUUUCAACAAGUUCAGGUCACAGCUGUCCAGCAGGUGUCAUGGUGUCUCCACGGCGAUCGUCACUCAGAAUAACACGCCGCUGGACUCAAAGAUCUACUACGACGGGGAGAAGAGGAAGCCCCUGCAGGUGACCCCCAAACUCUACAGCACGUUCGCUAAGGAGCAGCCGUUUGCGAACGUCACCUGGAAGACGUGCGCGGUGGUGGGCAACGGCGGGAUCCUCGUCAACAGCAGCUGCGGGGAGGCCAUCGACUCCGCCCACUUCGUCUUCAGGUGCAACCUCCCUCCUCUGGACAAGGCCUAUCAGAAAGAUGUAGGCAACAAGACAAACCUGGUGACCGCAAAUCCCAGCAUCCUCAUUGAGAAGUUUGAGGGUCUGAUGGAGUACCGGCGCCCCUUUGUGGAGAGCCUGAGCGACUACGGCGAGGCGCUGCUGCUGCUGCCGGCGUUCUCGUACGCCCACAACACGCCGGUGUCGCUGCGGGCGUUCUACACGCUGCGGGACUUUGGGGGCCGGGCGCGGCCCGCCUUCCUCAGCCCCGCCUACCUGCAGAGCCUGGCGCACUUCUGGAGGGCCCAGGGCCUGCGGACGGUCCGCCUGAGCACCGGCCUCAUCGUGGCCAGCCUGGCCCUGGAGCUGUGCGCCAACGUGCACCUGUACGGCUUCUGGCCGCACGCCCAGCACCCGCACGACCGCCGCCCGCUCACCAACCACUACUACGACGACCGGCAGGGCAAGAAGAAGGUGCACGCCAUGCCCGCCGAGUUCGGGCACCUGCUCCGCCUCCACCGCCAGGGCGUGGUCAGGGUUCACCUGGGCCAGUGUGAGGAUAGGCCCAGGUAGGCCACGCCUCCCUCCCCCCGCCCCGCCCCCCCCCCGCCCCGCCAGCCCUCACACCCUUUUCCAUACGACAGACAUGCGGGGGAAUCGACUCCCCCCCCAGCCCCCCCCAUGCCCCGCCCCUGGCUCCUCCCCUGACUCCGCCUCCUGUGGGGGGGGGGUGCUCCCAGGGGGACACCGGGGUGGACGUGGCCUUUUUUUCUCUCCAGAACGGUUUACAGCUUUACGGCACCAGACGCUGCAGCGCUGUGACCUUAAUGGUCCCUGUCCCUGGUCCUGCUCCCCAGCAGCCUCAUGGAUCUGCACCACCUGUGCCUUCAGGCCAGGGAAACAGGCAGCCCCGCGAAACGCGGGUCGACGAAUGUCCGCCAAGCACCCCUGACCUCACUACUUUUGCAGCAGCAAGCAGACUGUAGCCAUAAGUACGAAUGUCUAUGUGCCUAAAUUUCUCAAUAUAGAUAUAUAUUUGUGGAUAUUUAUUUUUGAAGGGGAAACCAGCUGGCAUCUGGAACCUUUGUGAAUGAGACUUUGUAAGAAGUGCUUCCUUAAAGUAGGGACGCAGAGUUUGUGCUGUUUUAGAACCAAAGUCGACGUGCGAGGCCUUGUGAAUCUGAAGCUGAUGUGGAGACGGUCUGGAGACCUCUUUGGCUGAACAUUCUCAGACCUGAGUCAGCGAUUCUCUCUGACCAUCAAAAAAUGGCGACGCUCCAUGUUUAACUCCCUUACUUUAGAAUUUGAGAAAUAUUAUCCAUAUUUAAAAAAACAAAACUGAAACACCCAUUGAUCUUAGGCCUGAGGUCCAAAGUAUGCGGCUGAACAUUUGUAUACAUAAUCCACUUCAAAGGAUUGUGUUGUACGCAUUUUAUGAUUGAUUUUAUUUAUGUCAUAGGUCUCCGUCAUGUGAAUGUACAUUUUUAAUGCACUUAAUUCCUCUUUCUUACAGGCACAUUCAUUUUAGAAAUGUAUGUAAAAUAUUUUUUGCAUUUUAAUGCAAUGCCAAAACUAAACUGUGACAUGACACUUGACCAGGGGUGCACAACGACAGCCAAUCCGUUUAGGCAUUUCAUUCCAAUUUCUGUUAUUUAAUUAGCCUCAAUCAUUUAUUUGAUCUGACCUCUGCAGCUGUAAAAUGCAUUUUAAAACACGUUUUUGCACUCUGAUAGCUAUCGGAGUAAAUCUACAUCGGUACGUAUAGCAGAGUUACGCUAGAAUAGUUGUUGGAACUAAACCCAGCACACACGCACGCGUGCACUUCAGGACUGAAGUUGUGCACCCCUUCGACACAUCUUGCAUUGAGGGUUUUGUGCUCCUCCUCAACCUUAUUGCUGAUUUGGAAAACGGUGGCGGAACGAAAGCUGUGCAGAAGGCUGGCCACUAGAUGGGGCUGUGUGUUUGCUGGCUGGUACAGCUACGUCUAACGCAAAAGAGGAUUCUUCCCAGUGUCCGACAGCGCCGGUGGACAGAGACAACCACUGACAUCUGUAAGACUACUUGCCUUCUCAUCGAAAAGGGACUAUCAGAAAUGUUUUCCGUUUCUAAUACACACACUCAGCGAUUGUCAGGUUCCACACUGUGAACAAACGGCUGCCUUUCACCUGACUUACUACCAGAGAAUACUUUUAUCUGACAAGUGUUUUAUUGGGUUACUGUACAAUCGUGUGUGUGAUGGACGUAUGUGCUGAGGAAACUGCUUUUACGCAGUCUGUAGACAUUGAUGAGGGUAAAGGACUUCCCCUGUUAAUCUCGAGAAGGCCUGCACUGUGUUUGAUUAACUUGUGUGUUUUAUGAGAAGUGUGCUAGUCUAUAAAUCAGUAUGCUUUUAAUGGAAAA